AUGCAGGCGUCGCAGGGCAGCAACCAAGCCGAGCCGGGCUGGUACGUCUCUGCCCAGCAGCCGGAGGAGGCGGCGGCUGCGGAAGAGUGGAGCCCGUUGCUAAGCAACGAACCUCACAGACAGCGAUCUCCGGGUGUUUCAUUUGGUUUCUCAGUCUUUAAUGUGAUGAACGCCAUCAUGGGAAGCGGCAUCCUUGGAUUAGCUUAUGUGAUGGCUAAUACCGGUAUCCUUGGAUUUAGUUUCCUGCUGCUGUUAGUUGCGUUCCUGGCCUCCUACUCAGUCCACCUCCUGCUGAGCAUGUGCAUUCAGACAGCGGUGACGUCUUACGAAGAUCUUGGACUCUUUGCAUUUGGAUUAGCUGGAAAGGUGGUGGUGGCGGGCACCAUAAUAAUUCAGAAUAUUGGAGCUAUGUCUUCUUAUCUUUUAAUUAUUAAAACAGAGCUUCCUGCUGCUAUUUCAGAAUUUUUGCCUGGAGACCACAGUGGGUCUUGGUAUCUCGAUGGACAGACGCUCCUGCUCAUCAUCUGUGUUGGCAUUGUGUUCCCUCUUUCACUGCUUCCCAAAAUAGGCUUUCUUGGCUACACAAGCAGUUUAUCAUUUUUCUUUAUGGUGUUCUUUGCCCUUGUGAUAGUAAUUAAAAAAUGGUCCGUCCCUUGUCCUCUGACCUUAAAUUACAUCGAUGGAGUGUUCCAGAUUUCAAAUGCUGCAGAUGACUGUAAACCAAAGCUCUUUCAUUUCUCCAAAGAGAGUGUUUAUGCCAUACCAACCAUGGCUUUUUCAUUUCUCUGCCAUACCUCAAUAUUGCCCAUAUACUGUGAGCUUCAAAGCCCCUCAAAGGAAAGGAUGCAGAACGUAAGCAAUACAGCCAUCGCUCUAAGCUUCCUGGUUUACUUUGUAUCUGCACUCUUUGGAUACCUCACUUUUUAUGACAAAGUGGAGUCAGAAUUGCUACAAGGUUAUAGUAAAUACUUGCCACAUGAUGUUGUUGUCAUGGCUGUGAAGUUAUGCAUACUGUUCGCUGUGCUUUUGACAGUUCCUCUAAUCCACUUCCCUGCCAGAAAAGCUUUAAUGAUGCUACUUUUCUCAAAUUUUCCAUUUUCAUGGAUCCGGCAUUCUCUGACCACGUUAGCGCUCAACAUCAUCAUUGUUUUACUUGCAAUAUAUGUUCCUGACAUUAGGAAUGUGUUUGGUGUAGUUGGUGCCAGCACAUCAACGUGCUUGAUUUUUGUGUUCCCAGGGCUGUUUUAUCUGAAACUUAGCAGAGAGGAUUUUCUUUGGAAAAAGCUUGGGCUCUUCCUGUCCAUCAAACUCAACACUCGCCUCCUCUGGAAGAAUCUCCAAGACCGUGACUUACAUAGCUGCUUGCUCCGUUACUCUGAAAACCUAUCCUGGAUGUCUUGAUGGCUACAGUUAAUUUCUUUAUAGAAUAGAACGCGUCCUUCAGGAAGGACACGGCAUCUGCCCCUCUUUGUCUCCACUGAGGACCUGCUACCCACCCCACUUCAUCCGUCACCUAGAGACAUCAUAGGGCAGCACUAUGCCUUCAGGAGAGCUGUCCCUUUAAGCAAGGAGGGAUUCUUUGGAGUUGAAAUCCUGCAGGAUUCAUAGGGUGCAGAGUUUCAUCGUUCUUUGCCUCCAGCUUUUCAUCAGGGUGUACAGAGCCUCUACAGGGUCCCCACCAAGAAAGAAUUACUUUGUAUCCUGGUUCCUCUCCUUACUGUUCCUGGCUUCUGUGGGCUUGUUAGUGAUAUCAGGACUCAAGCUGUUAAUAGUCUGGGAUUGGGCACCAUGGACAGGAAACGCUAGGAAAGAAAAAAAAAAACUGCAAAAACCAUUUCACAUGUUUCAGGCUUACUUUUUAAGAACUGUUUCUCUCCAGCACACUUCCCCCCCUCCCUUCUCCUAGCAAUGGCUAACAGUGGUGGGGACAUUGCACCCAUUUUGCACACCUAAUUCAAUUCUUCCAGAUGUUAUUUAAUGCUCAGAGCCUUUGAGACACGUGUGUUGUGGGGAGAGGCCCCAUCAAGGGAAUCUGUGAUGCCAGGUGAACAAAGGCACCUUUAUCUCCAGGUCCCAACCUGGUAAACACCAUGGCAUCUGGGGUCUCAGAGCUGACUCCUGUUUGAAAGCAAAUUGGGUCUUCCAAAAAUAUAUCCGGAGCUGUGCAUACCUGUGAGUGAUAGUCUUCCAGGCUCAGAACUAACUGCUGCUUUGGGCUGUGCUUUGGUGAGCCAAGUCCUGCCCUCGGGGAUGCAAAUGGAACCAGAGCUUGAAGCAAGUCCAGUGGUUUGAUUUGCAUGGGAAACUUUUGCCUCUAAGUGAAGGCAGCCAAAUUCCCCGGGCGCCCCAGCCCUCCGGAAAUAUGCCUUACAGGGGCUGGGGGCCCUAGGCCCAACCGGGUGGGUGUGAUUUGAAUGUUCAUUGCCACAGCUGCUAGGCUCAGCCCUGGUCAUUGCCAUUGGUCCCGCUCCAUUUUACUGCCUCAGAAUCCCCUUGUGCAUGUUAGUGGUUAAUACAGCAGCCAGGAGACGCCAGACAGCUCUCAGCACCUGGUUCAAAUUUAAGGCUCAUUUACACAUGAUGUCACACACGCAUUGUCAGCGCGAGGGAGGUCAGGAUGGUUCAUUUUGGGAAGGUUUGCAUUGUUGAGCCUUUACAACACUCACUGCUAUUAAUGCCUUAACCAUCUGACUUGGAUUUCGGUUUUCUGGCAUGAGGUAAUCCCAGGCACUAGAUUUAUAUGCUGAAUGGGAAGCCAGCAAGGGUGGCUAAUCAUGCUGGUUUGCAGAUCUGCACCUCUGGAACCUUGGGAUGGAAUUAGAAGGCCACAUGGCAUGCAACAAAUCAUAGGGCUUCAGAGAGGAGGGAAAGAGCCAGCCCUGGAGUCAGGGUGUGGACCCUGGAGUCAGGGUGUGGACGGUUGCUACCUCAGCCAGGAUGCUUGGUGGAAGAGUAGAAACCCAAGUACUUGGACAGGGGUCUAGACCAGCCAUUCUAGUGGUUGGGGUCAUUAUGAAACCCAUCUUUCUGCUCAUUACCCAAAGAAAUCCCAAACCAUCUUCCCAGGCUCAUCCAAGUCUCAUGUUCCAUGGAGCCCUCCCUGGCCGCCUAGUCCAUGGUGAUUGCUCUUCUGAAUCGCCAAAUGCUUCUGCCAAUAAAAUAAGCAGGGCAACCA